CGCGGUGCGCGUUUCAGGGCUGAAAGAAUCAUCCCGUCGUCGCGUUUCCGUUUACUCCGGGGGCUGUGAAUUCGCAUUUUUUUUUUUACUCGUCGUUUAUACCUCGUAACAUCCACGUGCCCGUGCCCCACGGUCUCGUCUCUCGUGCGCGGUCCUUUUUACUUGGUGCGUGAUUUAAACCCCGUUGUUGAUGUUGUUGUGGAGAAGUGCAAUCAUCUGUGGAUUACCCUGGCAGCUGCACAGGUUUUAUACACGUAAUAUUUCGUGCGCGACAUCCGUGAACCAGCCUUCUGUGUGAUCGAUCGUCGUUUUCUCAGAUUAUAUUUAUAAUACCGCAGUAUAUCGGAGAGGAGGCAAGAGGGAUGAGUCCCGUGAUUUUAACCCUCGGCUUAACUGGCGCACGUUAGAUGAAUCUUUUCGAGCCGAGAAAGCCUAGAUCAAAUUGUUGUCAUCGGCGUAUCUGUAUAAACGGACCGAUUACGCGGAGCACAGAGAUUUCUUUAUACACGAGAAGUUGUACGUCGCGGCGUCAGUCGAUUUCUUUAUAACGUCGCGACUCGGAUUUUAUCAUCUCGUCCCCCCUGCUUGUUAUCACCCGUGCAAACGGUCGAAAUUGAUAAGAGGAGAAAGGGGACAGAACGACGCGACACCCCGACGACGCGACGCUUCUCUUCCGUUUAACGAGCAACGCUGGAUACAGAUUAGUCACGUAAUAAAAUCGUGUCGGAGAGGAUUUUAUCACACACGACGUACAUUUGGGAUAUAUCAAAAAGAUGCUGAUAUUAAAUUCGUUCAAAACGACCAUUUUUACUGACUCGGAAAAAAGCGGAGUGAAAUACCCGAGGGAAGGAAACUCUGGGAAAGUUGCGGUGAGUCGAUAAUCGACGCGAGGAAACUUUCUGGCAAGAGCGACCGAUCAAAACCCGGUUCACGGGACGGUUCUAUAAAAACCCGAGAGGAGUCUGACACGCUGUAAAGAAAAUUCGAAUUCCUCCGGGCAGACGUGGUUCCAACUCCGCGAGAACGCUAGGCCUAUUAAACGCACACCGAACAGUGAAAUCUUUUUAAUUGAAAUAAAGACAAAGAGACAGUGAAGUGAUGUCGCCAACGGGUGUGUCUAGGACUGAGUAAAAAUCCAGUGGUACGAUAAAAAAGGAAAUGGAGGCGAACUCGGAACUGUCCGAGUCCUGCACCGAAGGGUGAAGAAAAAGGAACUGAGAGAAAGGAUGCACAAACAUACGAACCAAUUGCGCGGUCCCGGAAACGGGCACCACGUUGCUAAUCGAGGUCCUGUCAGACGGUGGAACAGCUUCCACGGCGGUGGCAGCGCCGGAGCGAGUAAUUUCAACGACACCGUCGGAAAUGGCAAUCUGCCUUCGGGCGUGAUCAGCCGAGCCUCCCAGGAGCCGUUCAGGGCCGUGCCGAAGGUCGUUCAGGCCCUCAGAAGCGAAUCCGUCGACAGGAGUUAUCGUGCCCAACCACCACCGCCUCCUGCCUUCCCCAGGAGACGGUUCUCCGUCUGCUUCGGCAAGCGGACGGGUGGCAGCGCAAGGAGACCGAACGAGUGCUUCGUCCUCGAGCCAUCCGAGAUGAUCGUCGAAGGAGAAAUAACGGACUGCGUGUGUGUUAUACGGAGAGAGGCAAGAAAUCGACACGGCCAAUUUCUCUUUUUCCAACCAGCGUGUCCCACAUUCGAGGAAAACGACUCGCUACGUACACUUCGACUUAAAAAGAAGCUUCUUCAAUUCGAAAUACGAUUGAUAUUAAUAAAUGUUUCUUAUCUGUUCACGCAAUUUCUUCUUCGUGUCGAAAGUCAAUUAUUUCUCGAGACAGUAAGAAAGCUUCUUUCUAAAGAAUUCUUAACAAUAUGAAUAAUUUAAAUGAUUG